ACCAAAAACUGACCAAAUCUUCAAAUUGGGAAAACCUUAUAAUUCAACUAAGUUUAUUAUUUGAUUAUUAUCUUAUCUUACAAAAUAAAAUGGCUAGAUAGAAACAUAACAUAAGGUAGGGCAACAUUAAUUAUCAUGUGCCACACUAACACCUCUUUUUAACUCUUAUUUUCUCUCUCUUCCUCUUCCUCCUUCUCUCUCUCUCUCUCUCUCUCUCUCCACGCUCAGGUUUGCAAACAAUGGCUGAACCUUCCAAGGUCAUCCAUGUACGAAACGUGGGGCAUGAGAUAUCCGAAAAUGAUUUGCUUCAGCUCUUUCAGCCUUUUGGAGUCAUAACAAAGCUUGUGAUGUUGCGUGCAAAAAAUCAGGCUCUUGUCCAAAUGCAAGAUGUUGCUUCAGCCGUUAAUUCUUUACAAUUUUAUGCAAAUGUUCAGCCAAGCAUAAGGGGGAGGAAUGUUUAUGUCCAGUUUUCCUCACAUCAAGAACUAACAUCAAUGGAUCAAAAUCAAGGGCGUGGAGAUGAGCCAAAUCGAAUUCUCUUAGUUACAAUUCACCACAUGAUGUAUCCUAUAACAGUGGAUGUGCUAUAUCAAGUAUUUUCUCCCCAUGGAUCUGUGGAAAAGAUUGUAACAUUUCAGAAGUCAGCUGGUUUUCAGGCUCUUAUCCAGUAUCAGUCACGUCAGCAUGCUGUUGUCGCAAGAAGUACACUUCAGGGACGCAAUAUUUAUGAUGGUUGCUGUCAGCUGGACAUUCAGUUCUCAAACCUUGAUGAACUACAAGUGAACUACAACAAUGACCGUUCAAGGGACUUUACGAACCCAAAUCUUCCUACAGAGCAGAAAGGCAGACCGUCACAACCUGGAUAUGGCGAUACAGUUGGAUAUCCUCAGAUGGCCAAUGCUGCAGCCAUUGCAGCUGCCUUCGGGGGUGGUUUGCCUCCUGGAGUAACCGGGACAAAUGACCGAUGUACAAUUCUUGUCUCAAAUCUUAAUCCUGACAGAAUAGAUGAGGAUAAGCUGUUCAACUUGUUCUCCAUUUAUGGGAACAUUGUGAGGAUUAAGCUUCUCCGGAAUAAACCAGAUCAUGCACUUAUCCAGAUGGGGGAUGGUUUCCAAGCUGAAUUGGCAGUGCACUUUCUGAAGGGAGCCACGUUGUUUGGGAAGCGAUUAGAAGUCAACUUCUCGAAACAUCCUAACAUAACCCCAGGUGCUGACACGCAUGAGUAUGCCAAUUCAAACCUCAACCGUUUCAACCGUAAUGCUGCUAAGAACUACCGUUAUUGUUGCUCCCCGACAAAGAUUAUCCAUUUGUCAACACUCCCGCAAGAUGUUACCGAAGACGAGAUUCUGAACCUCCUGGAGGAGCAUGGAACUAUUGUGAACAGCAAAGUCUUUGAGAUGAAUGGGAAAAAGCAGGCUCUGGUUCAGUUCGAGACUGAGGAACUGGCUACCGAUGCUCUUGUAUGCAAGCAUGCAAGCUCACUUUCUGGUUCAGUAAUCCGCAUCUCAUUCUCACAGCUGCAGAAUAUAUGAUGAGAAUUUGUUAAAGCCUUGAGGACAACCCAAGUAACAGUUGUUAAGCAUUCUGAGUUUGGGAAGGAUAUUGUUUUAUGCAGAUGAUGAUGGUCUUCUCCAUUAUGUUGUAAUGGUGCCUUUGCUUGCUAUUUAACUUAUAACACCUGCUCUGACACUUAUUUUUUCCUCUCUACUCAUUUGUCUUUCUUA